AUGAUUAAACUGAAGUUCAAAAUGAAAGACUUAGCUGAACUCAAAUUCUUCCUUGGAAUUGAGUUUGCUAGAUCAUCUAAGGCAAUUGUGAUGAGUCAAAGGAAGUAUGCUUUGGAACUCAUUGUAGAGAUGGGGCUUAGUGGUGCAAAACCAGCUGGUACACCUUUGGAAGCAAAUGUAAAACUCACAUCUGAAGAAUAUGACAGGUUUAUUCAUGGUCAGUCUUCUUCUGAAACAGAAGACAAGUUACUAGCUGAUGCUGGAAAAUACCAAAGACUGAUAGGCAGAUUACUCUACCUUACUAUGACUAGAGUUGACAUUGCUUAUGUAGUGCAAAUUCUGAGCCAAUACAUGCACAAACCAAAGCAUUCACACAUAGAAGCUGCAUUGCGAGUGGUAAGGUAUAUCAAAGGUUCUCAAGGUCUUGUUCUUCAAAUACCAUCUGUAGACUCAGGAAAACUGGAAGGUUUUUGUGACUCGAAUUGGGGAGGCUGUACAGACCAGAAGAUCAGUUGCAGGUUACUUGGUGAAGUUUGGGGAUUGACACGACCCGUCGUGAUAGCGCUUAUCGAUGAUACUAGGCCAGGCGACAUUACCAAAGCGAUUUCAACAAUAACCAAAAAUAAUCAAAACUCUUAA